GGAGGCGGGAGGCGGCGUCCGUCGCUCCAGCUGCGAGUCCGCCCGCCGCCCGCCGCCCGCCGCCGCCGCCGCCGCCGCCGCCGCCGCCGCCGCCGGCUCGGUCCCGCGCCCGCCGCCCGCCCGCGCCCGCCAUGGCCCGCCUGACGGAGAGCGAGGCGCGCCGGCAGCAGCAGCAGCUUCUGCAGCCGCGGCCCUCGCCCGUGGGCAGCAGCGGGCCCGAGCCCCCCGGGGGGCAGCCCGACGGCAUGAAGGACCUGGACGCCAUCAAGCUCUUCGUGGGCCAGAUCCCGCGCAACCUGGACGAGAAGGACCUCAAGCCGCUCUUCGAGCAGUUCGGCCGCAUCUACGAGCUGACGGUGCUCAAAGACCCCUACACGGGCAUGCACAAAGGCUGUGCCUUUCUCACCUACUGUGCCAGGGACUCCGCCAUCAAAGCUCAGACUGCCCUGCACGAACAGAAGACCUUGCCCGGGAUGGCGCGGCCGAUCCAGGUGAAGCCUGCGGACAGUGAAAGCCGCGGAGGUAGGGACCGGAAGCUGUUUGUGGGGAUGCUGAACAAGCAGCAGUCGGAAGAGGACGUGCUGCGGCUGUUCCAGCCCUUUGGGGUCAUCGACGAAUGCACCGUGCUCCGCGGGCCUGACGGCAGCAGCAAAGGCUGUGCCUUUGUGAAGUUCUCCUCCCACACCGAGGCCCAGGCGGCCAUCCACGCGCUGCACGGCAGCCAAACCAUGCCGGGUGCCUCCUCCAGCCUGGUGGUCAAGUUUGCCGACACGGACAAGGAGCGGACGCUCCGGCGCAUGCAGCAGAUGGUGGGCCAGCUGGGCAUCCUGACGCCGUCCCUCACCCUGCCCUUCAGCCCCUACAGUGCCUACGCCCAGGCUCUCAUGCAGCAGCAGACAACGGUCCUGUCCACGUCGGGCAGCUACCUGAGCCCUGGCGUGGCCUUCUCACCCUGCCACAUCCAGCAGAUCGGCGCCGUCAGCCUUAACGGGCUGCCUGCCACACCCAUCGCCCCUGCCUCUGGACUGCACUCGCCCCCGCUGCUUGGUUCCACUGCCGUGCCCGGGCUCGUGGCUCCCAUCACCAAUGGCUUCGCAGGUGUCGUGCCCUUCCCUGGGGGGCACCCUGCCCUAGAGACCGUGUAUGCCAAUGGCCUUGUGCCCUACCCAGCUCAGAGCCCGACCGUGGCCGAGACCCUCCAUCCUGCCUUCUCCGGAGUCCAGCAGUACACAGCCAUGUACCCCACCGCGGCCAUCACGCCCAUCGCGCACAGCGUCCCCCAGCCGCCGCCCCUCCUGCAGCAGCAGCAGCGAGAAGGUCCCGAAGGCUGUAACCUGUUUAUCUACCACCUCCCCCAGGAGUUUGGAGACACGGAGCUGACGCAGAUGUUCCUGCCCUUCGGCAAUAUCAUCUCCUCCAAGGUGUUUAUGGAUCGGGCCACCAACCAGAGCAAAUGUUUUGGCUUCGUGAGCUUUGACAACCCGGCCAGCGCGCAGACCGCCAUCCAGGCCAUGAACGGCUUUCAGAUCGGCAUGAAGAGACUCAAAGUGCAGCUGAAGCGGCCCAAAGACCCGGGACACCCCUACUGACCGCGCCCACAGCCGCCCGGAGGCUGCGGGCCUGGCCCAGGUGAGGGGCCUUCCCACCCCAGGAGGGCCUCCCGCUUCCAACCGACCCCGGACUUUUCCGUAAAUUACAACCAAGUUUGGACACCAGCCCCACCCCCUCCCGUCUCCCCUUGCCCCCCCCCCCGCCUGCCCCCUAAUGUGAAACACUACUGCGGGCCACACGGAGUGGGAAGGGGGCUUCGUGGUCCGCCCCAGCUGGGGAGGGGGGCUCCUGAGUUGGGGGCCGAGGGCUUCACUGCCCCCACCCUUGGUGGCUUCCCCAAAUUAAAUCACAACUUUUCCUAUAUAUAUAUAUAUGCAUAUAUAUAUAGAGCUAUAGACAGUAUAUAUAUUUUUUGAGUAUAGAUCAUGGGACCAAACUUUUCCGACUUCCUUCCAUCCAAGAGAAGGUGACCCUGGCCCGGUCACUCAGCAGGGACAUAAGAAGGGCUGAGGAUGACCGGGCAGCCCAGUGUGUCCCCACCUCCCGCUGUCAUGUCAGACCAGGGCACGGAGAAGCACUGGGAAUCAUCAGCCAACGCGAUAUACCUCCAGGACAUUGGGCCCCUGCCACCGACGUUCUCGCAGGCCCUUGGGCUCGGCCAGCUCGAGUGUCCCUGGUCUUAGCUGCAGCUUCUGGAACCCCUACCCCCUCCCUCACCCCAGGGCCCUGCCUUCCCCGACGUAGGCAAAGAAGAGACCCCCCCUGGCCUCCCACCCCCACCCCCGUCAUAGCCUUACUCAUGUGACCAAUAGCCCUUAGCUUUCCGUCAGGGGCAGACAGGGUCGGGGGAGCCCCCCUGCCCCUCGUGCCCCCUCCCAAGGGCAGGCAGCCGCCCUCCCUGCCUUCGGAUCACCAGCCUGGAGUUCACGAUCUCAUGACCAAGAUCGCCACGCGCGUUGGACAAACCCAACCCGCUCUGGCCCAGCACCCCUUUACCAGAGAUACCUCUACAAAUAAUUUUUUUUUUUUUUGAAUUUUGGUCUUUCUGAGAAGAUACAAAGAAGAAAAGAGAAAAAAAAAAUGGGGAAAAAAAAUCAGACAACAGUGGAUUUUUGUUUCCUAGUUGGGGCGGGGAGGGAGGUCUUGUGGGGCGCCUCUGUAUAGCUACUCAAACCGCGAAAACCCAUCUUGAAGCACAGAGUCAAGUUCGUUGGACGUCCAGUGGGGCCUCUUGCCAAAUGAGGCACCAGAGAACUUCAUAAGCUCAAGAAAAAAAAAAAAAAUUUGUAAAGAAAAAACAGCCUUCCCUUUUGUUUCUACCAAAAUGUGUUGACUGACCCAGAAAAAAAAAAAAAAAAAAGAAAAAAAACACAUAGCAAAAAAAAAAAAAAAAAAAGGAAAAGAAAAAAAAAAAUCUUAUGACCAACUUGUUUCGAUAUUCCAGAGUUUGAUAAUUGUUCCGAGACACUCUAGCGUGCCUGUGUCCUGUGCGUCUGCGUGUGCAAGCGUGUGCUCAGGGGCCACGAGGGGGCCUCGUCCGCGUCCCCGGCACCUGCCCAGCCCCGGCCAGGCCUGCUUGGGAGAGCGUGCUGGCGUGCAGUGGCGUUGCGUCCUUCUGGUCCAUGUUUACUGGCUGUAAAUACCAUUUUUAUACUCCACAUCGAAGACCUACGUGAUUUGUACGAUGUACUUUAUUUCUGCUACGAGUAAUUUCAUGAAGUUUCAACUUGCAAACCGACUUUUGGAGACAAAUCGCCACACACACACACACACACACACACACACAGAGAAAAGGAAGACAAGAAAGGAACUUACAGGGAACUUUGGGUGGACUGGGUUUGCAUUUCUGGCUGGAGAGGUCCUUGGCACUGUGGUGUGUUUCAGGUGAGAAGCUGCAACCAUCAUCUUAAUGUCCAAACGCCUCUCUUCGGUCUGGAGAAACUGAAAGUUUAUUUAAUAAAAGUUUUACUUGCUAAA